GCAAACCCGAAUUGUGAGGUUCUGGUGAAACGUAGAACAGACGAACAGCCACCUCAGAUCACAGUCACGUUCGUUAAUGGCGUCGAGGAAGCUUUCGAUGCAGCAGCAACCUCUGCUCAGUCUAUCAGAAAGAUGAUUCUUGAUACAGGUCAGUAUCUCGAGACAGAGCAAAUGUUCCGUGAAGCUGGUGAGCAAUGGCCUGUGAUCAUCACUGAAGAAGAGAUUCACCAAGAAGCUCCUGGUGUUAAGCCGAGAAAAGCAGAAGACAAG